CUUCUCAAAUACAUCAAUUGCAUAUCAUGUGUUGCUAGCGGUGAUACCCAUUCUCUGUACCUCAUUCUCGUUGUCUUUGUUAAGAAGUCUCUUCGUUUCCAAUGUCUGUUCGCGCUUUUCCUGGGUUUCUAUGUACUCUGUCACGUCGUCAAACCCCCGUGAGAAGAGCCAACAUCAACAUCAAUCGUUUCCGAACGCGAAGAUCUCUUUGGGUUGAUAGCCGAACUCGAUUGACAACUUUCUGGGCUCCGACAGGAGGCAUAUCAGCCAAGACCGGAGAAGACGAUGGAGUCAAUUCCUUGUUGAUACGAGCCGGAUUCCUUCGCCAGGCUCAUUCGGGGAUCUUCCAUUUGCUGCCACUUGGUCUUCGAGUUCAAGAGAAGCUUGAAAAACUAGUAGAUAAGCACAUGCGAAGCAUUGGAGCAUCGAAGGUGUCUCUAUCUUCUAUCACCUCAGAGGAUAUAUGGCGGCGAAGUGGAAGAUAUUCUGAAGACUCAGAGCUUCUCCGAUUGAAGGACCGGAAAGAAUCCGGCUUUCUUCUUUCCCCAACACACGAGGAAGAAAUCACAACUCUAGCUGCUGGGAUUGUGAAAUCGUACAAAGACCUCCCUCUCCGAGUUUAUCAGAUAUCUCGAAAAUACCGCGAUGAACGACGACCGCGACAAGGUCUACUUCGAGCAAAGGAAUUCCUCAUGAAGGACCUUUACACCUUUGACUACUCUACCGAGAUGGCUCUUGAAACUUACGAGAGUGUACGCAAAGCCUAUGCGGCAUUCUUCGAUGAGCUGAAGAUACCAUAUCUGGUCGCGGAUGCCGACUCAGGAGCUAUGGGAGGAGACCUCAGUCACGAGUACCACUACGUCUCCCCAUUAGGAGAGGACCAUGUUAUCUCAUGCAACAAUUGCGACUAUGUUGCGAAUGAGGAGCUUGCCGAGAAAGGCGGCCAUUACUCAUCCGACCCCAGGCUUCAUACGACAACCUGGCGUGGCAUUAGUAAAGAUGGCUGCCCAAUUAAUGUGUACAUACCAGCCUCUCCUUCUGCCACCGGAGAACAUCUUUCAGCAAGAUGGCCCGACCAUCUCAAUUUGCACGCGGUGUCAGCUGCAUAUCCUGAUCUGGAUACGACUAUCGAAGAACCCUUGACAGGUUCCUUCGCUAACACCGGAAAAGUUGUUCAUAUAAUUGAUCAGAGGCUCUCCUUCCUCGCCGACUUAUUACCACGCUCAAGCAGCACAGUCAUAGUCACCACCCAUCCCAAAACCGGCAAACCUCUCGAUCUCACCCGCAUCCAACCCAACGACCCAUGCCCCCGUUGCUUUUCUGGAGCCCUCAAAGUCCAGCGCGCAAUCGAAGUUGGACAUACCUUUCACCUCGGAACCCGCUACAGCGAACCAUUAGAGGCAACCGUAACCGUUCCAUCAGAAGGCUCAUCAAGUUUGGUGGCGUUGCAAAUGGGCUGUCACGGUAUCGGUAUGUCACGUCUCAUGGCCGCGGUCGCCUCCAAAAAAGCAACCGAAUCUGGACUCGGCUGGCCACGCGCCAUCGCACCAUUUGAGUGCGUCAUCAUCGCCGCCAAAGGCGCUGAUAGAGAUGCCGAGACGUUGUACGAUGAGCUGAGUGGUGACAUCGACACGAUAUUAGAUGAUAGGCCGAUCAAGGACGUCAACUUUGUGUGGAAGAUGAGCGAUGCGGAUUUGAUUGGGUAUCCGGUCUCGAUCAAACUGGGUCGGGAGUGGAAGCAGGGGAAGAAGGUCGAAAUCGAGUGCAAAGCGGCUGGUGUGAGACUAAAUGUAGAGUUCUCGGGGGUGAAGCAGGCGGUGCUGGAGCUGUUGGCCGGCUUGUGAGAUAUGUACUCUAAUCUGUAUGAUCCAUCCUAUGCGGACUUUUAUGGUAUACCGGAGUCCUUCUGACAGUGUCGUCGUGCUGUAGGACCUAAUUACGUGAACUGCACUAGAUCUGAAGGUCUGUGGAUGUUACAUGUUUACUCCUAGUAUUUUAGUACUUUUAGAGUAGUCUUGACGUUAUAUGUAGUCUUGCAAAAUGGAAGU